AUGUUGUUAGUUUAGUGUAUUGAGUAAUUUAAAUUAUCACUGUGCAAUGUACUCUCUAUUUCAGCUAGUCGAGAUCAAGUUAAGAUUGAGUUGAUUACAAAAUAAAGAUUUAUAAUUUAUGAUGGCUACUUCAUCAACUCGCCGGAGAACAAUAUUUAAUUUCGAAACUCCUACUAAGAAUAGUAUAAGCAACAAUGUUAUUAGGGAUUCAGAUUCUCCGGAAUUGUUUGUGUUUGGGAGUACAGACACUAUUACUCCGAAGAAAACACUUUUGCCCUAUGAAAAGGGGUUUCAGCCUUCACCUCUUAACGAUAGGCCAAUUUUAUAUUCUUUAACCAAUAAGCCUUCUAAAAGUCAGAUUAUAAGAGACUUGAAUAGUCCAUCAGCUACCGCCCGGAUAAGAGGAUUACAAGCAAUUAGAGAUGGUUUACAUAAUUUACCUGAAUCAGAGAGCGAUGAUGAAGAGAGCAGAUUGAGAGAACUAGCACCAAAGCCUGUUAAAAAUUUACAUGAGGUUUUCAUAGGUGUCAUAGCAUAUGUUGAAGUAAGUAGUGGGCAACUUGAUUUAUCUGGAGGAGCUAAAGAUAUGUUAAAAAAAAUGGGAGCUAUAGUACGUGAUACUUUUGUAAAAGAUGUAACUCAUGUUAUUUUCAAUGAGGGUCGAGUGUCAACAUACAAGAAAGCUAUUGCAAAAAAUAUACCUUUGCUCUCAGUCUUAUGGAUUGAAAUGUCUAGGAAACAAAUGUACAAAGUUCAUGAAGCACUAUUUCCAGCACAUGAUUUAGAAGAAUAUAGAAUGAUGGCUCUAUUGAAUAAGAGAAGUAAACCAUUAAAAAAGUUUGGAGCUUCUAGUAAGAGUGUGAAAGGUUCCAUCCAACCAAAACACCCAAAUUUAGAGGAUAGUUUUCAAAGUUGUGAUUCUUUCAAUAGCAGCAGAUUUGAUCAAGAGAACAUAAAAGAUACUCCAUUUAAUUCUCCUGCUGAAAAGAGUCCCGCACCUGUGCCAAAAACUCCAACAGAUUCCAGAAGUUCAAAACACAAUAGUCCAACUAGUAAAUGUACUAAUCGAGAUGAUAAUUUAGCUGUGAAUUUAAUGAAGAAAUUUAUUGCAACUCGAGUUUGGGACAAGAGUAAACCAGCAAGUAAUUCAAAUCAGGAACCUUCUGACAUUUCCACUAACAAAAUAAGUGAUAUGUUGUCAAAAAUUGCUGUUUCAAAUGAAAUAAGUACUGAAAAAUGCUCUGAUAGAAUCGAUACUACAAAGGAAGUACAGAACCCAAAAACUGUGACAUCAUCUGAUAGCUUUUACAGUGGGGAGGUUGUUUUUGGAACCCAAUCUCCAAUAAGGAAAAAACGAAGAACAUUUAUUAUACCACAUCUAAUUGUUCCGAAUUGCUCUGAUCUUUCAGAAAGUAAUGAAUCAUUGAAAUUACAAUUGUCCAUAUCGGAAAGUUCAAAAUCAACAAAUGUAACAAAUGAAAGUUUGUUGAAUGGUUCUAAAGACACAAAAUCAAGCACAAAGGUUAAUACAAUAUCAAAAUCGAUGAAUAGUUCUAUUUCACUUGAAACUGUAAGUAAAGGGCCAAAUCAAAGUAAUUUAAAUUUGCAUUUAUCAGAAACGCCCAUAGAAAGUGAUAAAUAUGAAGAAAAUAUUAUAAUCUCAGAAUCAUCAAGAGAAUGCUGUCAAAGACUUCUAAUGACAAAGAAUCUGAUAAUAAUGCUGAAUUAUAAUGUAAAUGAUAAAGCUGAUAGUAUUUUAAACACACCAUCUAGGGCUACAUCUCAAAGGCGAAGGUCUGUACGAAUUGCUUCACUAGUCUCCACAAGGUCUAAUUUAGACAAUUCAACAAGUAAUAAUCAUAAAAAUAUUGUGGAAUUAGCAAAGUCUGCAUGUAGUAACGGCAGCAGCUUUGUUAUAUCAGAAAUUAGUUCAAUACAAGAAGAAUUGCAUUUAUCAGAAACACCAAAGGAAUCUCAUAAAAAUAAAGAGAUUAUUAUAGUUUCAGAAUCAUCCAGAGGCAGUUCUGAAAAAAAUAUCAAUAACAGGAAUGAUCUUAAUAAUACCAAAUUAGAUCUUACAACUAACAAAACAAUGAAUGUUUUUAAUACACCUCCUAGAGCAUUAAUUCAAAGGCGCAUGUCAUCAAUGUUAGCCAGUAAUAAUGUAUCAACACCUCAUACUACAGAUAAAUCAAUUAAUGUUAAUGGAGAUGAUAAAGAAAAUAUUGUAGAAGAUGCAGAAGUCGUACUUACACCAAGAAUGCAGAGAAUUCUAGAAAUUGAGUCUCUCGAAGAAAGUAAUCUUAAUUUUAGUGUUUGUGAUACUAUGGAUACACCAUCUUAUCUUAAGUGUGUAGAUAAUCAUAUAUCCAAAAAGAAACAAGAUAAAGAAUUACCAACCUCAAGAAUUAUUGGAAAGCGCAAAUUAUAUGAUAUGAACGCAAGCUUUUCUGAUAUAUCCAUGGUAAACAGCUCAAUUUGCACAGAUACAUCUAAAAACAACACUAUGAAUUUAUAUUUGAAUUUGUACAAUAAUGAGAAUAAAGCUAAACAAAUACAAAGAAAAUUAAAAACUACUAGAAAAUCAAGGCAAAUAGUAAAAGAAAAACCUAAAUCAAACCGUGCAAUUACAUCGUACUUUUUUGCUGAUACUAAUUCUGCCGCAUCUCAAACUAUUAGUGAUUCCAUGUUAAAUAAUAUGAGUAAAAUCAAGCCGCCUAGACGAAGUUCUUUGGAGUUUCAAGAUAAACCAAGCAGAGAAGAAUUAAGAGAAAAGGCUGCAUUAAAGAGUAGUCAAAAAGAAACUCCAAAUAUUGUUUGUACAAGUGUGCAUUCAAAUCAAUCAGAGAUUGUAAAGAGAGUUAUAAAUAAAUUAGGUAAUUAUGUUAUUAGUAAAAAUGUGACUGCAAGCACAACUCACGUUGUUUCUCCUGAACCGAGACGAACUUUAAAUCUACUGAAAGGAAUUGUACGAGGUUGCUGGAUAGUGAAUUUGGACUGGGUUUUAAAAUCAGAAAUAGCGUGCAAAUGGUUAUCUGAAGAUCCUUAUGAAUGGACAAGUUUCUCACCAUCUGUGCAAAAAGCUAGAAUAGAGAGACAUGCAUUUGGAGAUUUAUUCAAGUUGGACAUAUUUGCGACAUCAGGAUCGAUCUAUCUAAGUAAGAAAUGUUCUCCGCCAUGGCAAGAUUUGCAAGAGCUGGUUUUAUUAUGUUCUGGUAAAAUUUCGGCCAAUGUUAAAAAUGCUGAUAUUAUUGUAGGUGAGAUUCAUAAAAAUUGUCUUUGUGUAACUCCAACUUGGAUUUUAGAUUCAAUUACAAAUUAUCAACGUGAAAGUGUUAAUGACUAUUUGAUGCAAUAA